CAGGCACCUACCCAGAAGGGUCACUCGCUACUAUAACAUUCAUUGAUCGAAAGAAUCUCCUAUAUCGUUCACAACUAUUUGAACCAACUGAGUUACUUGUGGAUUUUGACCUUGAGAAACCCGUCAAGGAGGAAAUCUGUAAAAUAGAAUGCCAAGAGAUUAUGACAAACGCCCUCGAUCAAGAUCUCACGACCGGUACAGGGAUCGUAAUGAUAAUUGUGAGCGUUCUCGUAAACAUCGAGAAGACUACCAUCGAAGAGAUCGCGACCACGGAUACGAUUGUGAUGAAAGAGAUGUAGAGAGAAGCCGAUACCGACAUGAAAAAGAAAAACGCAGAGAACGUGAUAGCCGACGAAGACAUGAACAAAAUCAUAAUGACGAAAGAUGGAAGCGCCGUACACGCUCUAGGAGCCCCAUACCUCCAGCUGAAGCAGAAACCGUGGAGUAUGAAGAGGCUGAACCAACUGAACCCGUAACCGAAGAGGAAGCAGAAAUGAUGCGCACUAUGGGUUUCUGCAAUUUCGGUACCACGAAAGGAAAACAUGUUAUCGGUAACAGCGUUUAUGUGGCAAACAUAGCAAAACAGCGAAAGUAUCGUCAGUACAUGAAUCGUCGCGGAGGUUUCAAUCGUCCUCUCGAUCCAGUUGCUUAAACACUGAUACUUGUAUAUAUUCUUUUAAUACCUGUCAAAACCCACUCAAUAUAACGAAAUGUAUUGAUAGGAAAUAUAACUUUCGUAUGCUUACUAG